GGGAGACCCCACGAUACAGGUGGAGGGAGUUUUUUAACGAUCGCGCUCCGACGGAGCCUCGAUCGCGGAUGCAUACUCCUAGGUUAAGGGGAGGCACGCGACAAAGGUGCCGCGCGAAAAACACUGUUGCUUUCGUUGCGACUUCCUCCCUCUCUCUCUCUCUUUCUCUCUCCUGGAUUCCCUCGUUUCGGUUCUCCGUUCGCCUCGGCAGUUCUCGGCUGUUCUCGGCCCUACUCGGCUCGGGCGCGUAUAGGCAUGCCCCUGGUGCUACGGACGGAAGGAAGAUAGAGAAAAAAUAGUACGCGACGAGCGAAAAGUGCGACGGAGUGCUUAUCGGGUUCGAGGUGCUCGUCCGGAUGUGGGGUGAAGUUAUCGCGGGGGGUUUAACGUGGAUCGAGGGGUAAACGGAGAUUUAGGAUCCGGUAGCGCGCAGCCACGGUCGCGGAACGAACGGGACGCUACUCGGUUGGCGCGGCGAAACGCGACCUUGAGGUGUCGCUUAGCUGAGGGGAAAGGCGGUAAUGUCAGCUAAUUCUUCGUGCGAGGAGCAGUCUGCCGGUGCACUUGAUCCUACGAACGUCGGAUGUCGGAUUUUUCGGGGAUAAUCGUUACCCUAGAGGUGCGGCCCUUUCCUCCCGACGCGGCGAGCUAAGAUUCGACUCGACUCUUUUUUUGGCUUUUUUACGCCUUCCCAAGUUUUGCCACGCACGCGGUCUCCUCGAUCCGUCCGCUUCUUUUUUUUUGGUUUUGUGGGGUUUUUUUUUUCCUCCACGUUUUCUAGCCUAUUCUCUACUUCGGUUUGUCGAAGCCUUUUCGAGGUUAGACCUCGCGGAGUGACGUUGAACGACGACACGUAAUGACCCGACCGAGGAGGGGCGAGACCCGGUGGUCGGCGCCGAACCUACGGCCAAAAUAACCGAGGAACGCUUUUCCGAUGAGAGAGGCGUGCGAUACGGACGAUGCUUCGGGGGAAGAGACGGUAACCGCGGUCUCGGGGACACGAGGAACCAGUGACCUCCUCUCGUGAGGAGCGACAAGUAAGGCAGGCUCACGGAGAGAAGGCAAGAUGAUGAAGAAGGAGAAGCCGAUGAUGUCGGUGACGGCCAUCAUCCAGGGCGCCCAAGGCCAGCACUGGGCCCGGGGAAACACUUGGCUGAGUCUGGACAACAGCAACAUGUCCAUGUCCUCGGUCGGUCCCCAGAGCCCGCUGGACAUGAAACCGGACACGGCGACUCUCAUCAACUCCGGGAACUUCAGCCCCUCCGGUCCGAACAGUCCAGGGUCGUUCAGUGCCGGCUGCCACAACAGUCUUCUGAGCACCUCGCCGAGCGGGCAAAGUAAAACGGGCGUUGGCUCUCCCUAUCCUCCGAAUCAUCCCCUGUCGGGAAGCAAACACCUCUGCUCCAUCUGCGGUGACCGGGCCAGUGGGAAACACUAUGGCGUGUACAGUUGCGAGGGGUGCAAGGGGUUCUUCAAGCGCACCGUCCGCAAGGACCUCUCGUACGCGUGCCGGGAGGACAAGGCCUGUAUCAUCGACAAGAGACAGAGGAACCGAUGUCAGUAUUGCCGGUACCAGAAGUGUCUAGCCAUGGGCAUGAAGAGAGAGGCCGUCCAGGAGGAGCGGCAGCGCACCAAGGAAAGGGACCAGGGCGAAGUCGAGAGCACGAGCAGCUUGCACACCGACAUGCCGGUCGAGCGCAUCCUGGAAGCAGAGAAACGGGUGGAGUGCAAAACGGAACACCAAGGGAACUACGAGAACGCCGUGCCGAACAUCUGCAGCGCGACGAACAAGCAGCUCUUCCAGCUGGUCGAGUGGGCGAAGCACAUCCCGCACUUCACCUCGCUGCCCCUGGAGGACCAGGUCCUCCUGCUGCAGGCUGGAUGGAACGAGCUGCUGAUCGCCGCCUUCUCUCACCGGUCGAUCGAGGUCAAGGACGGCAUCGUCUUGGCGACUGGGAUCACCGUCCACAGGAACCUGGCGCACCAGGCCGGCGUCGGCACCAUCUUCGACAGGGUCCUGUCCGAGCUGGUGUCCAAGAUGCGCGCGAUGAAGAUCGACAAGACCGAGAUCGGGUGCCUGAGGUCCAUCAUCCUCUUCAAUCCCGACGUGAGGGGACUCAAGUCCAAGCAGGAGGUCGAAUUGCUGAGGGAGAAGGUUUACGCCGCCCUAGAGGAGUACACCCGGGUGUCGAGGCCCGACGAACCUGGUCGGUUUGCCAAACUUCUGCUACGCUUGCCAUCCUUACGGUCCAUCAGUCUCAAGUGCUUGGAACACCUCUUCUUCAUCAGGUUGAUCGGUGACAUGCCGAUCGACGCUUUUCUCCUUCAGAUGCUGGAAUCUCCGUCGGAUCCUUAAGCAUGGGGCUCCCACUCUAAUCUCUAACUUCUCUAACACGUUCACGUCUGAACUAUCUCACCGAGUAUACAUAUAUACAUAUAUACAUAUUAAUAUAAAAUAUGAAGCCUCUCGAUUACGUUCUUACCGUAUUAUUUAUACGAAUUACGGUGCGGUAACUCUUAUCUCCUUUUUUCGUUUGAAUUUGAAUUUCUACGAGGGUGAUUCGGGCACCCAUCGAGCUGGUGAUGAGAUCUGUGGAAAUGCCUCCUAUGAAGUGGGGAUCUCUCGUCGAGGUGAAUCUGGAAUGUGAACGGUUGAUAAGAGGGCUACUCCGGGGAAUGGUGAAAGUGAUCGAACUAAAUUGGACUAUUUAUAAUGGUGUUGUGAUGUUUUAUCAUGGAAGUUUAUCCAUGAGUUAUCGAUUUCUACGCUCUGGCAUUGAUUUGGAUAGAGCUGUGUAAAAGAUACACGCAGUUAGUGUAUGUGAUAGUGGUUAAAAAUAAUGAGCGCUGCCUUUUGCUUCUAGGCAAAUUCAUUUUGAACUGAAUUUCAUAUGUCUAUGAGUUCGGCUUCAAUUGUUAUGGGGAAAAAUAGUGUCGAAAUUAUAAAGUGGUUGUGCGGUUCUCCAGAGCUUUGCGUUUAACGAUUGUUGGUUCACUUAUCGCUCGGCCACUGUAGAUAUUCGUACUUUCAAUCGUUCGAUUCGAUGUAACUUCCUUGGGUCGUUUCAAUCGAAGACUUAGGUGUACUUUUCAAGUAACGAAAGUAACCUGUAACGAUUUGUCGUUGAAUUUUAACAAGGGCCACCUAGGCCCACUCCUUGGAUGUAUAUAUAACAGAAUUCUUUAUAAAAUGUGUUACUUAGCGAACAAAGUAAAUUUAUACAAUGAGUUUAUUUUAUCAGGUCGGAAUACAUGUUCAGAUAUUAUCUUUGAACUUUACAUUCCAGUGUUAUCGCGAUUUGAAUUGUUAUAUUAUAAAGCAAUUAUAAAAUGUUAAAACGGGCUAGAAUAUACGGUUAAAUUGGAGAAACGA